UCUCAUGUGAUGCGGUUAUUUUAUCUCUCUCUCUCUCUCUCUCUUCUGCUUUCUCUGGAUCCAAAUAUCCUGUAUUGUGACCUACACUUCUCGCUCUCUCUCUCUCUCUCUCUCUCUCUGUUUGUGAUUCUAGCGUCUGUGGGGAAUGCUUGAGGCACUUCUAAUCUGUAUACCAUUUAAACAAGGGAAGGCCAUGUGAGCUGUUUGAACCAGAGUGAUUGCGUUGGUAGUUUUGAUCGACUCUGUGGUUCUACUGGUGUGCACAAAAUGGGUAAAUGCAAGGGUUGUGGCAAAUUAGGAAGAAUGCUGCCAAGGGAUGAGUCUGUGAAUGUUUACCAUUUUUCUCUUUUGCUAUCUCCUGUUGUUUCUGUUUGGGAAUGUGUUGUCCGGAAGAUGAGGUAUUCCUACAGACCUGAGUGGGUGUAGUUGUGAGACUUCUGAGAUAUUAUAGGUAUUGCUAUACUGAAAUAGUUAGUAAUUAUUAAGGUAUUGAACAAAGAAAAACAAACUAGAGAAGGAAACAUAAUUAUAGGGAAAUGUACACAUUUUAGAGGAUCUCUUUAAGGUAAAAAGUAGAGCAAACAGGACAAUAUUUAUAGAUUGUUAGUUACCAUGGAUAGCAUAGCGUGUAAUAAAGUGCAACCUGUUGUGAGGAAAGUGAAGAAAAAGCAGGCGAAAGGUGAGUUGGAUCGUCUCAAACAGGCUGAAAAGAAAAAGAGGCGUUUGGAGAAAGCACUUGCUACUUCUGCAGCCAUCAUUUCUGAACUAGAGAUGAAGAAACAGAAAAAAAAGGAAGAACAGCAAAGGCUUGAUGAAGAAGGUGCUGCAAUAGCAGAGGCUGUUGCUUUGCAAGUAUUACUUGGUGAGGACUCUGGUGAUCCAUGUAAAAUUGUGCUAAAUAAGGAAGAAGGGUUCAACCCUUGGGACUGUGCUACUAGUAUCAAUCUCCUUAUGGGUGAACAGACAGCAUGCCCAUAUCAGGACCACUCAAGUCAUUCACAUGGAAGAGUUGAGUGGAUGUCCAAUGCUUGUGGAACUGGAUGUGAGUGGAGUGAAAUAGAGAACAGCAACUGGUCAUUAUCUUAUGGGUCUUUUGGAAGAGAUCUUCAUGCGCCAUACUUCGAGGGUGGAGGUUGGGGGACAACAGAAUUCUCAGCUGAUCUUAUUGCAGCACAGGCUGUUUCAUCACUCCAGAUUGCUGAGGAUGCACAGGAAUGGUAGGACAUUAGAUCAAAAGCGGUCGGUUGCCUCUUAAAUUGAGCCGUGAUAAAAUAAUGGUUUUUGUAUAUAUUGGUUAAAAGACUCGUGACUCUCAUCUAUGUUUAUCAGAUCUGUAUGUUGCUGCGUCUUCGUUGAGCAAAUGUUCCACUACAGUGCUCUCCAGGUUGUCGUUUAUUUCUAAAAGCUUGGUUGCGUAAUGGAGUGUUUUUCAUGAGUUGAAAAACUGUUCGGCUGAUGCUGUAUUGUUUGCUUGUGAAUGAUUUUUCUAAAUUUAUGUUAUUAGACAACAAACAUCUUCUAUUAGAGUUGGAUAUUGAUUUACGCUGAUGCAAUCUAAAGGAAGAAGCAGUGUUCUUUGAAA